AUGACUAACAUUCUUGUCUCUCUAGAUUCUAGUCCGCAGAGCGAAUACUGCCUGGAAUUCUAUAUCAGGUGUCUUCACCGGGAGGGGAACAACGUGUUUGCCCUCUAUGUGGGUGAUUACUAUGGAGAUGUUGGAGUUCUGGAAGGGCCCACACCUGGCAGGAUUCAAGAGCUGGUACAUGAAGACAAACAGAAGGCUGCACAUAUCGAGGCUCAUGUCACCCAAGUGUUCAAGGACAACAAUAUUCAAGGAACAUUUCACAGAGUGGUUGGCAGAGAUGUCUGGCAUGCGAUUAUUGAGUUCAGCAAAUCCAUCAAGGCAGACUUGAUUGUUGUUGGUUCUCGGGGGAUGGGUAAAAUCCGGAGAACAAUCUUGGGCAGCACCAGUGAAAGUGUGCUGCACCACUCAGAGGUGCCGGUCCUCAUUUGCAAGUACCCACAUCAUUCUCAUUCGUCACAUCAGCACUAA